AUUGCAUAUGCUAUCAAGCAUUAUAUUCGGUUGGGCUAUAAUAUAAAUAAAGAAGAUAAUAUAGUAGAAGUGAUUAGUAAUAUUAAAGGUACAAGUGUUGCUAAUAUUCAACCAAAUAGAAAUUAUAAGAACAUCAAAAAGCCAAAGCUCACUGGAAUAUCAAAUUG